AUGGACGCGGCUACUAUUGCAGAGAUCAACAAGACCCGCAUUGCCGCGGGCAUGCAGCCUCUGCCCGUGCCGGGCGAGAGCGGUCCUCAGUUCAAGGAAAAAGCCGACUCCGACGACGGCGAAGAGCCAGCAAGCACCUUGGAGACGCGAGAAGCUGCGGCCUACGACAACUACAAGAGCAUUCGGGAUGCCGAGGAGGCCAAGAAGCGACGAGAAGAGAAGAGCGCCGCCAUUCGAAAGGCGCGUGAUGCCGCAAAGCGUCUUGAGAACUUGGAGGGCAAGGGCCUCGGCGAGGCUGAUGACGGAGGCGAUCUUGAUGCAAAGGCGUGGUUAAUCAACCAAAAGAAACGCCAGAAACGGAUAGAGAAGGCGCGGAAGCUCGAGGAGGAGCUUGCUGCUGCCGAGGCUGAGGCUGCCGCCGCUAUCCAGUACACGUCCAAGGAUCUUGCUGGUGUGAAGGUUGCCCACGAGGUUUCGGCUUUCGACGACAAUGACGAGCAAAUAUUGACCCUGAAGGAUUCGAACGUCCUCGGAGAAGAAGACGAAGGCGACGAGUUGGAGAACAUUGACCUGCGAGACCGCGAGAAGUUACAGGAACGGCUUGACGUCAAGAAAAAGAAGCCGGUCUACGACCCCCACGCCGUUGACGAGACUGGCGAGCGCAGCAUUCUAGCACAGUACGAUGAUGAAAUUAACGGAAAGAAGGCCAGACGAUUCACCUUGGAUGCUCAAGGUACGAGCACAAGCGCACAGACUGUCGACCUCGGGGGUCUAUCACGGGAUCAGAAACUGCAAAAGAUCAACCUCGAUAUCUUCAAGGAUGAGCAACCAUCUUCGGACUAUCUUGACAUAUCAGAGAUCAAGGUCAAGAAACCCAAGAAGAAGAAGUCCAAAUCAACCAGACAACGCCCCGUCGAUGAUGAGGAUGGUCUACAGUUCAACCCUACCACUGAUGACCAGUUCAUGGACGUAGACUCGGGCCCGAAUUUCGUCAGUAAGAAGAGAAAGGUGGAGGACACUGCAUUUGCGGAUGAUGAUGAUCUGCAGGCCACGCUCGCGAUCCAAAGACGAGACGCCUUGAAGAAGCGAAAGAGGAACCGCCCUGAGGAUAUCGCUCGCCAGCUUAAGGAGGAGGCGCAAACACCAGACCCUGACAACGGCACCUCAGAUUCCCAAGAAGGUGGCUUAGUUAUUGACGAGAUAUCCGAAUUUGUAUCGGGUCUGAAGAAGGAGGAUGUGGAAGACCGCAAGCCCCGAGCUUCGAAGACACCAAAUCCCGACGUUAUUACCGCCAUGGAAGAUGACUCUGACGAGGAUGAGCGAAUGAAAGACGCGGACGAAGUUCAACACGACUUCCGAGAGACUUCGACUUCGGCAGACAUCGGCGCUGCUGGUGUUGAAGAGGAAAAGACUAUUGGCGUGGGCAUUGGCUCAGCGUUGCAGUUGCUUCGUGAGCGCAAUGUUCUCAAAGACAGUGGUUCUGCCGAGUUGAACGAAAGCUACCGUCAUCAACAAUCCUUUUUGGCUGAGAAGAAGAAGAGGGAGGCCGCCAUUGAGCGAACUGCACGAGAGCAGCGAGAGCGCGACCGCACCAGUGGCAAGCUGGAUAGAAUGUCGGUGCGUGAGAGAGAAGACUGGGCUCGUCGGCAGAAUGAGAUGCGUGACCAGCAGAGCUCCCGUCAAAUGGCCGACCUUUUCAACAGAGAAUACAAGCCGAACGUCCAACUCAAGUACGUCGACGAACAUGGCCGCUCGUUGGAUCAGAAGGAUGCAUUCCGCGCAUUGUCACACCAGUUCCACGGAAAGGGGAGUUCGAAGGGCAAGCUGGACAAGCGACUAAAGAAGAUCGAAGACGAGAAGCGGCGCGAGUCGCAGAGCAUUUUGGACUCAAGCCAAAACGUUGGUAUGAGUUCUGCGACUGCUCAACAGACGAAGAAGAGAAAGGAAGCUGGCGUGCGGUUGGCUUGA